AUGAGUGAAGCCAAAAUACAACUUUUGGGCGUGUUGGGAGAAGCAACUUCCCAAGAUUACCAACGCAUGAAAGCAGCCGAAGAUAUGUUGAAACAAUGGGAAAAUGCACCUAGCUUCUUUGCCACCUUACAGGAUAUCUUUUAUGAUCGCUCUGUGGAUCAUGAUAUUCGAUUUUUAAGUGGUAUAUAUCUUAAAAAUGGUAUCGAUCGUUUUUGGAGAAGAACCGCCAAAAAUCCUAUUAGUCCAGAAGAGAAAAUGGUGAUUCGACAACGUCUACUUCAAUUCCUUGAUGAACCAAGCAGAAAGGUAAAUAUAGAAAACCUUACAGCACAAAAUGCCGUUAUUGUAUCUCGAAUUGCUAGAAUUGAUUACCCCAGAGACUGGCCUGAUUUGCUUUCGAAUUUAAUCCUGUCAAUGGAAACCAACACCUCUACCGAUCAAGAUCACACGCGCUUGAUCCAUCACCGAGUACUAGAAACCUUGAGUGAAGUACUGACCGAAUUAAGUACUCGACUUUUAUCCUCAGGCCGUAAACAAUUUGCUGAGAUCGCACCUACCAUUUUUCAGUCUGUUGCACAAAUCUAUCUGCCCUAUGUCGAACGUACCAUCUCCAAAAUAUCUUCUUCGGGUCAAUUUAAUGCGUCGGAAGACUCUUUAUUGAUGGAGUUGGAAAUCGUUGCUACAUGUGUUAAAUGUCUGAAGGUUUUGAUGGUCAACGGCAUUAGAGAUGUUCACAAGUAUAACGAAACCCGAACCUUUAUUGAAGUCAGCCGUAAGCAUUUAGAGCAAUACGUGAACUGUCGUAAGUGUGUGCAUGUGUGUAUAUAA